UAGACCCAAAUAAAUAAAACCAGCUCAUCUCUCUGUCCCUCUUCUUCACUGAGAUAACCUAAAAGCACAGGAAACAGAACUGUGCAAAGGAGCGGAGCUCGAAAGACGGACGGGAUAUAUAGAUAGAGAAACCGAGAUUGUUUAUUCGGUUUAGACGAGGAGGAGGAGGAUUUGAAAGUUCUAAAAAAUGGCCGGUGGUACUCGAAAUUGUGAAGUCUGCAAAGAUGCAAUUUCCAAGUACAAGUGUCCCUCAUGUUUUGCUCCAUAUUGCUCUAUAACCUGUUACAAGAAACACAAAGAAACUCCAUGUUCAAAGCAAGUAGCUUCCAAUGCAGAAACUCCAUCUUCAAAUCAAGUAACUCCCGAUCAAAAGCCAUGUCCGACAUUGCUUUCGAAAAGAUCUUUAGAAGUAGAGGAGCCAGAUUUGAUACUUCCCGAAACAAAGCUGCAGUCCAUAGUUUUGUGUAAUGAAAUUCGAGAUGCAUUGAAAGAUGAAAAACUUCGUCAGCUCAUAUACAAUAUUGAUUCUGCCACAAAUUCAGAGAAUGAACUUGAAAAUGCCAUGAAACUGGAGGACUUCCGCAUACUAAGUGAGAAGGGAUCCGCAUGGUGAAGAGUGUCCCGAAUCCUAACUGCUGAUCUCUCUUCUACAUCCCUUAUUUUAUCUGUUAUUGAGCGGUGAGGACAAGUAGGAUGGAACUCAGAGAUGGGAUCACAAUGUGGUAGCUAAUGAUCUUUACAGCAACAGUCCCAAUGAUGGUCAAGCACGUUGAUCGAGGGGGAAUCCAAGAGAACAAGCUUUUAAAAGUGCAACUGGCACCUAUAUCUGAGAUGUUGUCUGUACAAUGUACGGAGAUCCGUAAAAUAUUUGGUUGUACCUAUAUUUGCUACUUGAUCUGUUACA